AUGAACUCUUCGAAGCGACUGAUCACCACCACUUUAACGCGAUCAGAGCUCCGAAAGCGGCACUCACGACACCAGCCAGUAUGCCAGUAUGCGCAACGGAUACAGUGGCCAGUGCGUAUAGAGAUCUUUCGGACGAGCUGCGUAUUUUGGCUUUACCUCCAGCUCGCGAGCUCACCUUUCUACGGCGUGUUUGCUAACUGUAGCGAUUCUACACCAGACCGGCAAUUCAACACGGAAUGGAAUCUUUUAAUGGAGCUAUCCGCUGCUGAACAUUCCCUUGCCGUGGACGAUACCGACCAAAGAGAUUUUCCCGCACACGGAGAAUAUCAGCGAAAAUCUACCAGCAUGGAAACGCCCUUUCUCUCGGCCCGGAUCGAUUCGUUUCUAGUCUGCCUUUAA